CAGCUUACGUUAUAUUGAAUUACUUUACAAAAAGUUGAUUAGAUAACUUUGAAGAUUAACUUCACUGUUCACAUAACUCAAAGGAGUAUAAGAAAAAUAGAAGCUUUUGAUAAUUUGCAUGAAAAUAUUUGGAAUAGAAAGAAAAAUGGGAAUCAAAGAACUGAUGAUCGUGGUCUUGUUCGUCUGUUCUUGUUGUUCUGCUGCAUCCACUUCUCCUUUUGGAAAGAACUCAUCUUUAGAUAACUAUAGCAGUGGAAGAGGCAUGGCUCAUCCAGUUAAAUUUGGCCAUGCAGCUGCAGCUGGUGGCAGAGGCGUAAGUGGAGGCCGACCUAGUACUAGUGGAGACGCAAAUGGUGAUGGAUCACGCUCCCCUUAUACUCAGGGAGGUUCAAACAUCCCUUUAUAUGCGGCUGGUGCUGGUGCUGGUGCUGCAAAUAACCACCGCAACUACCACCACCAUAAUGGCGGAGAUUCUAAAUGCAGCAGCAUCCGAUCUGCUGCUUUGGCUGCAACCAUAUUGGAAUUCCUUGUACUUUAUACGAAAAUAGCAUAAAGCAGUAAUGUCUUAUCUAAUUAUACAUGAGAGUUUGCGCCUAGCUUGUAUCAUUAUGGGUUGACGUAUAUUUCUUUUUAAUGUACAAUACGUUUGUGGUUUUGUAAGUCACAAAAUAUGUCGA